AUGCUGGGUUCUUCUUCUCAAUUUAAGCAAAUCAUUGUAAAGAAAACAAACUGUCCAUAUGAAUUAAGAUUUAUUGACAUCAGAAAUUAUAUAGCGGGUGGAACAUUAGACCAAUUCACUCAAGAUUUCGGAAACAAUAAAUCACGUGUUAAAUCCUUUUUCCCUUAUCAAUUCAUCACAUGGGAGAAUUACGAAGAUGAAUUAUAUAAAGUGGAACCAUUCACUCAAGAUUCAUUUUAUUCAGCAUUAACUCAAGAAACAAUAUCCGAUUCAGAUUAUCAAAUAUAUCUCAAUGAUGCUAAAAAUUUUGAGAAUAGAUUAGAAUAUUUUAUUCAUUAUUGCAAUAAAGACGUUGAAAUUAUGAUUGACCCAAUUGAUAAAAUUAUUGAAGAAACAUUUGUUUAUAAAAUUGACAUGCUUCAUAAUCUUUCUUUAUCAUCGAAUGCAUCAAUGAUUCGUUACGCGUUAGCAUAUAAGAACUUCAAUCCUAACGAAACAUAUCCAGAAGAAGAAAAUGUGGAAUCAAGUUUUGAAUUAACAAAAAAGUAUUGGAAAUAUAAAAUUGAUUCAUAUAAGAAACAAGAUGAAAAAGCAGAAAGGGAUACUAAAAACAAUGUUUCAAUGGAUGACUAUCAAUACUAUCACGAUUUAAUCCUUUCAUCUAAAUGCAAAAUGUGUGGUAAAGCGUUUACAUAUGCUAAUAAACCAACAUUAGAUAGAAUCGAUAAUGAAAAACCACAUACCAAAGAAAAUUGUCAGUUAAUGUGUUGUUAUUGCAAUGUCGUAAAAUCAAAUAAAGAUGAAGAUGUUCAACGUUUAAGAAUCAAUUUAAGAAAUUAUACAUUAAAAAAUAAUUUACCAAUGACUCUAGAUUCAGUUGAAGCUUAUCACAUCCUCCGUAAUGGAAUUACUGGUGGUUUAUCAAAUGUUCAACAUAGAGUAAAUCUUAAAGGAAUCACGCACAUUAAUAAACUUUCAUAUAAUCCAGAAACUAAAACUGUAUCAAAUGAGGACACUUCCAACAUUAUGACUCAUUUCGUUGGU